AUGCUAUUUUUCUCGCCGAUCGUGUCGCUGUUGGCCCUAUAUAUUGCGGUGAUUUACGGAUACCUGUACCUCCUCUUCACCACCUUCCCGUCUGUCUUCCUGGAUGUCUACCAUUUCUCCUCUGGGAAUGUAGGACUAACCUAUCUGGGAAUUGGAGUCGGCUCCAUUGUUGGCAUGGUCUUUCAGAGCCUGACUUCCGAUGCAGUAUUCCAAUGGCUGAAGGACCGACAUGGCUUCCCCAAGCCCGAAUAUCGCCUGCCACCUUUAUUCCUGUCGUGCUGGAUAAUCCCGAUCUCGCUCUUCUGGUACGGCUGGACGGCGAAUAGAGACGUGCUUUGGAUAUCGCCUAUUUUUGCAACCUCCCUUAUGGGAUUCGGCAUGGUCAACGCUUUUACAGCCGUCUCCACCUACCUGGUGGAUGCAUAUACAGAGUACGCAGCCUCAGCCAUCGCUGCAACGACCGUCCUUCGAUCUAUCAUUGGAGCCGUCCUUCCCUUGGCGGGUGGUCCCAUGUACAAAACCCUAGGGUUGGGCUGGGGAAAUUCUGUCUUGGCGUUUAUCGCUCUGGCUAUGUGCCUAUUGCCGUUUCUCCUUUACAGGUUCGGCGAGCGGAUUCGGAAGAAGACCUUUGUUACACUGUGA